AAUGGAGACGGUACCGGCAGGACAGACUCCCACCACACCACGGAAAAAGAUGACGAAACAGCUGACGGGCAAAAGAGACGAUACCCCUUUGCAUUCAGCUGCCAGAGCUGGAAAUAUAAUAGCUAUAAGAGAAAUAAUAAACGAUGCUGGUGAUGAGGCAGAGCUGAUGGAGAUUUUGUCGAGAGAAAACUCGGCUGGCGAGACCGCAUUAUAUGUGGCAGCCGAGUACGGAUACUUUGAGGUCGUGAGAGAGAUGAUUAAGUACUACGAUCUGUCAGCUGCUGGGAUUAAGGCUAGAAAUGGGUUUGAUGCCCUUCACAUUGCUGCAAAACAAGGGGAUCUUGAAGUAGUGAAGGUGCUAAUGGAGGCCCACCCGGAGUUGUCGAUGACGGUGGACAUAGCAAACACAACGGCCCUACACACGGCGGCCACACAAGGGCGGAUAGAAGUGGUGAACUAUUUUCUGGAGUCGGAGAGCAGUCUGGCAACAAUAGCAAGAAGCAAUGGCAAAACUGCCCUCCACUCAGGGGCAAGAAACGGGCACGUGGAGGUCGUGAGGGCCCUCCUGGCUAAGGACCCAAGGUUGUCCACACGAGUGGACAAAAAGGGCCAGACGGCACUUCACAUGGCAGUCAAGGGCCAGAAUCUCGAUGUUGUGGCAGACCUCAUUGAAGCGGACCCUUCCACUAUCAACAUGGUCGACGCCAAGGGUAAUACUCCAUUACAUAUUGCCUCUCGCAAAGGGAGGGCUCAGGAUAAAGAUGUACGAUCCUAUAGAACAAAUCCUGUUCGAGUAGUAAAAAUGCUUCUUUGCCAGGCCGGACUCGACACGCGAGCUGUAAACCGUUCGAACGAGACUGCCCUCGACACGGCCGAGGCCCUGGGGCACCCGGAGAUAACGUCCAUCCUCCACGAGCACGGCGUGGUGAGCGCCCGUGCCAUCAACCCCCAAGCCUCCACCAACCCUGCACGCGAACUCAAACAGACCGUAAGCGACAUCAAGCACGAGGUCCACAACCAACUGGAGCACACUCGCCAGACCCGCAAACGAGUCCAGGGCAUCGCCAAGCGCAUCAACAAAAUGCACACCGAGGGCCUCAACAACGCCAUCAACUCCACAACAGUUGUCGCAGUCCUCAUCGCCACCGUGGCCUUCGCGGCCAUAUUCACCGUCCCUGGGCAGUACGUUGAUGACGUGGACAACAUCCCAGCGGGACAGUCCUUAGGGGCCGCCAACAUAGCCUCACAAGCGUCUUUCUUAAUAUUCUUCGUGUUCGACUCGGUUGCGCUCUUCAUCUCGCUGGCGGUGGUCGUGGUGCAGACUUCGGUGGUAGUGAUCGAGAGCAAGGCGAAGAAGCAGAUGAUGGCGGUGAUAAACAAGCUGAUGUGGCUGGCGUGCGUGCUUGUGUCGGUUGCGUAUCUGGCGUUGGCGUUCGUGGUGGUGGGGAAGCGGGAGAUGUGGUUGGCUGUGAUGGUGACCGUGAUAGGGACCACGAUACUCGCCACGACGUUGGGGACGAUGUGUUAUUGGGUGGUGAUGCAUAGGAUUGAGUCCAAGAGCAAGAGGAUCAUACGGAAGAACUCGCGGGCGAGUAGGUCUUUAUCGGCGUCUGUUUCGGUGCCGUCCGAGCUUGAGGAUUUGGACAAUGAUUACAAGAGAAUUUUCUAG